AUGAGCUCCGACAAACCCAACGCCCAAACCCAAACACAACCGCGCUCCCGCCGCGCCUGCAGCGAUCCCAUCGGCAACGGCAUCGUCGGCGAAACCACCACCUCAUCAAGCGCAUCGAAGGGCUGCGGCGUAUGCCACAACAACGACAACUACGGCUACGGAAGCAGUGUAUGUGGACGGUGUAAUCGGUGUCAUGGAUGCGGAAGUUCGAAUAAUGGCAUUGGGCCUUUUCAGGCGGUGUAUUUUGGUGGGAAAAAGGUCGUGAGGAAGGUUGGGGAGGUUGUUGGUGGUGGUGGGGGGAAGUAA